UCCUCAAGUAAAAUGCCCUCCAUUUCACCCAGCAUCUGGGGGACGGGCCUCCUGAUCGAUGGGCACCGGAGACUCGCUUCGUGUUGCCACCGGCUCAACAGGCGACGGAACAGGCUGUAUUGGCGUGGUGACGCGCAAAGGGUCCUGCCCGACACCCUCCGGCACGGGACUCGUCGGAUCCAUCUGCCUGAACCCAGAAGAAGAGGCCUUCCUUGACGGUGCGGUGAUCUUCACAGGCGUGACUGGCAGAGAUGAUUCAUUUGGAUUGGGAGCUGGUCCGUUCUGAGCCUGUGGCGGAUUUGAAGUCGGAUUUGCCGCAUUGGGACUGGGGCAUUGGCAUUGGAGUUGCC